AUGUACAGGAACCUCGCCAUCGCUUCGCUCUCGCUCUUUGGAGCCGCCCGCGCCCAGCAGGUCGGCACCAGCACUGCUGAGGUGCACCCCAAGCUGACCUGGCAAACCUGCACGGGCACUGGCGGCAACAGCUGCUCCAACAAGUCCGGCUCCAUUGUGCUCGACUCCAACUGGCGAUGGGCUCACAACGUUGGCGGCUACACCAACUGCUACACUGGCAACACCUGGAACACGCAGUACUGCGCUGAUGGAGCUUCUUGCACCAAGAACUGCGCCAUUGACGGUGCCGACUACUCUGGCACCUACGGUAUUACCACCAGCAGCAACUCGCUCAGCCUCAAGUUUGUCACCAAGGGCUCUUACUCCAGCAACAUUGGUUCGCGUACCUACCUCAUGGAGACGGACACCAAGUACCAGAUGUUCAACCUCAUCAACAAGGAGUUCACCUUUGACGUUGAUGUCUCCAAGCUUCCCUGCGGUCUGAACGGCGCCCUCUACUUUGUCGAGAUGGCCGCCGACGGUGGCAUUGGCAAGGGCAACAACGCAGCCGGAGCCAAGUACGGAACGGGAUACUGUGACUCCCAGUGCCCGCACGACAUCAAGUUCAUCAACGGCAAGGCCAACGUCGAAGGCUGGAACCCCUCGGACGCCGACCCCAACGGCGGAGCCGGCAAGAUCGGUGCCUGCUGCCCGGAAAUGGACAUCUGGGAGGCCAACUCCAUCUCGACGGCCUACACUCCCCACCCCUGCAAGGGCACUGGUCUCCAGGAGUGCACCGACGCAACUACCUGCGGUGACGGCGACAGCCGCUACAGCGGCGUGUGCGACAAGGACGGCUGUGACUUCAACAGCUACCGCAUGGGCGUCAAGGACUUCUACGGCCCCGGCGCCACGCUCGACACGAGCAAGAAGAUGACUGUCGUCACUCAGUUCAUCGGCUCUGGCUCCAGCCUCUCCGAGAUCAAGCGCUUCUACGUCCAGAACGGCAAGGUGUACAAGAACACCAACUCAGCCGUGUCCGGUGUCUCUGGCAACUCCAUCACCGACAGCUACUGCUCUGCGCAGAAGACGGCAUUUGGCGACAACAACUCGUUCGCCACGCUCGGCGGCCUCAACGGCAUGGGCGCCUCGCUUGCUCGCGGCCACGUCCUCGUCAUGUCGCUGUGGGACGACCACGCCGUCAACAUGCUCUGGCUCGACUCGACCUACCCCACCGACGCCGACCCAUCCAAGCCCGGUGCUGCCCGCGGUACCUGCCCCACCACCUCUGGCAAGCCCGAGGAUGUCGAGAAGAACUCUCCCGACGCCACCGUUGUCUUCUCCAACAUCAAGUUUGGCCCCAUUGGCUCUACCUUUGCUCAGCCUUCGUAA